AUGUACCUCAAGAAGCACAGCCUCCCGCUUGCUCCUAUUAUGAGGAUUAUGAAAGCGGAUAACGAUAUUAGGAUGAUCGCGCAGGAAGCUAAUUUACCGUUAUUUGCUAAAACAUGUGAGAUGUUCAUAGUUGAUAUGACAUCACAAGCCUGGAUUGUCACAGAAGAGGACAAGAGAAGGACUGUCCAGAAAAAUGAUAUCGUUGAAGCAGUUUUGAAAACAAAUAUGUUUGAUUUUCUUGACAACAUAAUUCCAAGACAUGAAUUGAAGGAAAGAAUUCUCAAAGCCAAAAAUGCGAGACAACGGGAGCAGUUGUUCAGCAACCCCCGCCAUUUGUCCCUGGCCACAAGCCCAGCAGCAUUUGUCCACCAGCCCCCGUUUAUUCCCUGGCCACAGAUUCAGCAGAUCCCGGAGCAGCAUCUGUCAUUUAUUCCCUGGCGACAAACUCAGCACCAUCUCGACCAGCAGCCGUCGUUAUUUCCCUGGCCACAGACUCAGCAGAUCCCGGAACAGCAUAUGUCAUUUAAUUUCUGGCCACAAGCUCAGCAGCUUCUGGACCAGCAAACCCCGGAGCAGACUCUUAUUUCUUGUACUCAAGCUGAGAACACUACUGACCAGCAUACCUCACAGCACUUUCCUGUAUCUUGUAUUCUACCUGAGCAGAGUCCGGGAUGGCAAAAUUUAGAGCAGUCAUCGCUUCAAGCUGAGCAGCAGCAGGACCAGCAGAAUUAG